GCAGCUCUGGAACAUUCCAUUCCACAAGGCACCGGGGAGGGAAAUCGACUCAUAACGCUGGCACUGAGAUUGAGAAAACUCGUCUCGCCGGCCAAAGUGAAGAAUAUAAAGACAAUCGUGAAAGAGGUCACAAGAGGGAACAAUGAAUUCAGAAACGGAGAAUGGGACAACGGCAACUCCGAGCUUUCUUGAGCUUCUGCUGACAACCACAGAGACAUUCCAGAGGACUGAUCUCUCAUUUGAAAAGGCAGACCCUUUGCCAAUCAUCAUCGCCUUGAUAUGCAUAUUCCUUCUCUUGGCAACAUGUGUGAGUUUUGUCGCCUUGUGCAACCCCGCGGGUCUGGAUGCUUCCCGCUACGGCCCCUACGAGUGUAUGCCGUAUCACGUUGAGGACUCCAGUGAGCCCCGAUUGAAACUAUGGAAGCGUCUGGGUUCCCUGAGGUGCUCCAUAAACAGCCUCCCGGUGGAAUCGAUCCUUCCCUCAACCUCCACAAACUUUCGCAAGUCGUUGCCAGACGGACCAAAACGAUUCGGACCUCACAGAGUCAACAAAAAUGUAAAGAUUCAGCGAGUGUCAAAUUUGCAAAUAGACACAUCGAAGCCAGAGAGUGGAAGUAAUGAAAGAUUAACUACUGCUGCAAUCAAUGCUUCAAGACCAGCAAAGGCAAGAUCCCAGUUGUAAUGAGGAUUCAAGAAACGUCCUUCAUAAUACUGAAUGGAUUGUAAUUUAUAUAGUGCCCAGCAUCCAUGGGGAAAACACAUUGUGCUGCAUGGUUAAUCCAUGGUUAACCUUCAGACUGGAAGAUAACUACGAGCUAAAGGACACAACAACGCUGUUUGGAAGUUUUCAGCUCAAAAAAAGUUGUUCGCUGUUCUACUGUAACAUUUAACUAUUAUACAUUAUAGAACUACAAACUCUUUACAGUUUUAUCAUCAGUCUGCAAGGUCCCCAUUCCCCAUCAUCCUUCAUCAGACAUUCAAACUGACAGCACUUCCUGUCAUCCUCAGCAUCAGGUUCAUAUUUAAUCCUGAGCAGUUAGAUUUGGGAUUGCAUAAACGCAACUGCUUUCGAGGGCAAGUGGAUGGUACACUAGCGAUACAGGUUGCAAUGAUGCCCUGGUCGAUGCAAUCUGAAAUUCUCACUUCAAUUUAAUAACAUUUCCCAGAGGAAAGAUUAUAAAUUAUUUCAAAGGCUCAUUAGAAAUUUCAAAUCUCAUGCAUCCAACAGGAAGUACAGCAGGGUUCCUGAAGGUAUGAAGGCAAAAUACUGUGGAAGCUAGAAAUCUGAAAAAAAAAGAGAAAAUGCUGGAGAAACUCAGCAGGUCUGGCAACACUGGUGGAGAAACAGUUAAUGUUUCGAGUUUGGUAUAACUCGUCUUCAGAACUGAUCAAAAUGGACCUAAAGUAAAUGACCUGCCAUAUGACUAGUGCAAUUAAAUUCUGUUGAAAUUUAUAACAUAUGAAUGAUAGGUAUUUCUGGUAUAAUGCGUGUUUUGUUAACACGAA